GUGGGGGGCGGCGCGCUGUCCAGGGCCGAAAUGCCCGCGCAGCUGUGGCCGCACCCCUUCUACGACUGCAGCAUGGGCGUGUGGCUGUUCGCGCCCAGCGCCAGCAUCCACAGCCACAACAACACCCUGGCCGGCGUCUUCUUCAACAUCGCGCAGGCCGAGGUGGACCCGUGCGACCGGACCUGGGGCGCGCUGCUGUAUGGCGGCCACCGCUGCGACCCCAACACCACCGUGUGCAUGGCCGUGCACCUGGGCCACGGCGCGCGCCGGAUGUCCUACAGGUGCCAGUGCAGCUACGGGUUCGGGCCGGUGACGCUGCCCGCGGGGUCGCCGCCCCUCAACGACUCCUACGUCGAGCCGCCGCAGUUCUCGUGCGCGCCGUGCCCGCCGGACCAGCCGCGCUGCGGCAUGGCCAACGCCUGGGAGAAGGGCGUGCGGACGGGCCUCAAGGUGGCGCAGGGCGUCGUCAUGGCCAUCGUCCUGCUCCUGGGCCUCGUCGUCUUCAAGAAGAGAAAGUGCAAGAUCGUCUCCUCCAGCAUGUGGAUGAUGCUGGAGACGCUUCUUCUGGGGGCGCUGCUCCUGCAGACAGCGGUCGUGCUGCGCUUCGUGGAGCCCAGCCUGUGGGUGUGCCUGCUGGAACCCUGGUGCCGCGAGAUGGGCUUCGUCGUCUGCUACGGCUCCAUCAUCCUCAAGCUGUACAGGAUCCUGGUGGAGUUCCGCACCCGCAAGGCGCACCGCUGGGUGCUCAAGGACCGCGACCUGCUGCGCCACCUCGGCGCCAUGGUGCUGGCCGUGUUCGCGUACCUGGCCGCGCUCACAGCCGCCUCGCUGCACUUCUACAACGAGGGCUUCCAGCUGCUCGACACCGUCACCACGGACGACGGCAUGGUGUACCCGCACUGCAAGACGUUCUGGUGGGACUGGGUCACGCAGGCAGCGGAGGUGGUGAGCUUGCUGGUGGGGCUGCACCUGGCCUACGUGUCUCGCUCCUUCCGCACGCAGUUCAACGAGCGUGGCUUCCUGUGCGCCGCCCUGGUGGUGGAGCUGGUGGUGAGCAGCAGCCUGUACGUGGUGCAGGCCCUGCGCGUCGCCACCCGCACCGCCAACCUGUCCCCCACCACCAUGCUCGUCACGCACUUCGUUCGCGAGCAGCUGUCCGUCACCGUCGUGCUGUGCCUCAUCUUCCUGCCCGUGCUCUGGCUGGCGAGAAGACAGCCGGCGGCGCGCAGCCUGCUGCCCACACUGGACAACCUGAGCAAGCCCGCCGACGGUGCGGGGGCGGCCACCGCCACGGGGUUCCACUCCAGCGACGUGGACGUGACGGAGGUCACCCUCAAGGACAUGAACCCGGACGACAUCCGGGCCGAGCUGAAGCGCCUCUACACGCAGCUCGAGAUCCUCCGCAACAAGAACAUGAGGCACAACAACCCCCACAUCUCGAAGCGCCGCGGCGGCAGGAAGGUGGCGCACAGAAGAUUCUCGCUCCAGAAGAGGGGGAGCAGGGAGAAGGCGCUGCACCACCGCCACAUGCGGAGCUCGGCGCGCCACCACACGGACGUGGAGGUGACGGAGGCGGAGGGCUCGCGCACCCCCGAGGACUCGGUGUGCUCGCAGGAGGGGCCCUCCGCCGUCUUCAACGACGGCCCCUCCACGUACUCGGAGUACUGCUACGGCGGCCACGGCGCGCACGGCACGCACGGCACGCACGGCACGCCCAGCGUGUCCUACAAGGGCUCGCACAAGUAGCGCCGGCUGGCGGUCCGUCUCAACGAACUGCACCCCGUGCAGUGCCUCAGACGGGCUUCCCUCUCUUGAUUUUGCUGUAGUUGUUGUUUUUCGAUCUGAUGGUCGCCCAUCCAGAGACCGAGCUCGGAAUGAAACGACACUGCUGGGAAGAUACUUCACGUUUAAACGCGAAAAUUCAUUUGAUUUCCUAUUAUAGUUUUUCCAAAAUAUUGGUUUGGUCUGGCCCCAAUUAUAUUUUUCAUAAAGAGGUUUUUGUUUGUUGGUUGGUUUUCUUUUAUCGCUGAAGCGUGAAGUAUUUUGACCGUGCUGCACCAUGAGUGUAGCAGAUAUGCCCAUCGUGCGGCUGGUAAACAUCCCGUCCGUCUCCUAUUCGUAAAUCUUUCCUUUUCUCAAUGCAAUUUAAAUUGAUUCAUUUGAAAAGAUACACCUACGAUACGAUUCACGUUUAAAAUGUGUAUUUUAGUUGUUAUUUUUUGGACGGGGUGGACCAAAGGUGCCGCACCCUGGACAUGACUUUCGAAAUCGUUCGUGGAACACACUGUGAGAAGAAGGAGGGCCUGACGAGGCUGGUCUUUUCGACACGUCUUCUAGCAGUGUGUGCGAGACGGAUGGCCGACGUGUCACCGUCCACGCCAGACGAUGAAAGUCCUGCAAUAUCACUGCAGACGAAGUUCCUUUUCGGAAACACGUCCAAGCAGGCGGUAUUGCAGUUGAUUGUUAAUUGAAUUGAUUGUUUGUUAUGGGCUGUGCCCUGCUGUGUAAAUUGUUCCAAGAAUGUCCCCAUCCAGUUAGAUGGACAGUAUUAUAUUUAGUUUUUGUUCAUUUUGCGAAUAAUGGGGAACUUAAAGAAAGGACCCAUUGUUCCGUCUUUUUGUGUUUAAUUUUUUAAUAUAGAGUUAUUUGCCACAAAGUUAGGGUAUAUGCUUUCAUUCAACCAGGUGUUGUCUUGUGUGUAUCAUUGUACAGAGGGGAGCCCCUCUUCCAUAUGCGUUGUCUGUGAUUUACCGAGUCAAGCCGAGGCAAAGGCGGGCGAAUAGGUAAUAGUUAUGGAAUGCCUCCUUCUAGCCAAUCCUCGAAACUGCCCCCAAAUGAUGAAUCGUUUUUUGUUUUCCCUCGAAUGCUUUUUUUUUCUUUUUGGUAAGGGACCUACUUGGGAGCGAAAACGUCCUGCAGAACCCCUGGCAACACCCCUUUCAACGCGCCGACCAAAUUCAGAACACGAAUUUAAACUUAUUUUAUGUCUUUACCAGGUCCAAAAUGUUUGUCUACUUUUUUGCUCAAUUCUCCUAAUUUUACAGGGUUGAAAGUGUAACAAUACGUGCUGGCUCCAAGUGUCCCUCGCGGUCCUCCGAGUCUUUCCGAGACUCGCCCCGCGUCCCAUCGCCAAACUAAUGACCCCAACGAUUGACCCACAAAGGCUGACCGAUUCCAGGUAGAUUCCAGGUAGAUUCCAGGUGGUGCCAAUAAGCUUUCCCUAAACGAGCCCUCGCUUAUCGAAUUGCGAUGUAAAUGACAAUAGAAAGUUCUUCGUGACUUCUUCUCUUUACUCUGUCUAUCGUUCCCAUAUUAUCCUUACUUCAACUUUUAACGCACAGUAGAGAUAGUUUCUCUUUCCGUGAAUUCCACCUCUUUCAAAGGUCGGCAGGAUGAAGCCAGAUCUCAUUACCUUUCACGUUUACGGAGCUUGUUUUAAACGCUUGAAUAAACGCGCUGAAUGCUGCGUUUGGAAUGGCACAUUCGAAUAACGAACGACCCGGCCUGGCUCUGAGGCGCCGCCCGCGACGAACAGGGUAGGCACCCCGCCGAAGACAGGAGUACUGCGGGCCUGCCUACCCUGCAGUUCGCAGGCGCUAAAAGAGCAGAGUGGAGGAAUGAGCGCUGCUCCAACUUUCCUUUUUUUUUUCGUCGAACAAAAUAAACUUUGACCCUGACAAUUAAAUUGCAUGCAGAUCGACGCGAAAGCUGUGUGAGUAAGCCAAAGUUUUUAAGGAUUUAGUGAAGAAAUAGACUCAUAAUUUUCUCAGGUUGCUUUUGUGAUGUCCACUAGAAAGAUAUUAAUUAGUUGAAAAGUAAAUCGGCCGGGUGGUCACUUCAGCUAAUCAGUUUGAUCGAACUUUUACAAUUAUACAUAUCUAUUAUUCUCUGUCCUAUUUGGCUAAGUACAACUCUUUAACCAGAUGAAAGUGUGCAAAUAUGCUCAGAGUUACUUUGCCAACCUCUCUUUACUGUUUCUCUACUAAAAAUUAUCUCUGUCAAAAUGAAACAAAAUAGUAAAUGUCUUUUAAAUCUUUUAUCCUUCCUGGCUAAAAAAUAUAGAUAAAAAGUAUGAGGAACCUUUUCUGUACAUUAAGUGGUGGACUAGAAUCGAUUCAUAGAGUUCCAGUUGUAAUCUCACAUCUUGUAUUUUCGCUUCUGCAUUUAAUCAUCGUUCUAUGCUAAUCUUGCCGUGCAACCAGCUGUAUGUAAGAUAGAGGAACUAGUCCUGCUUUUUCUUUACAGAAAGUGUGUUUAUCUUUUUGAUAAAUUCGUGUAAAUUUGACUUUCAUAUGUAUUACGUAGCAUAUUGCCACAUGUCUGAUGGAAAGAAAAGGACGCAUUCUCAAGCAGCUUAGGAACACAUUAGUUUAACUGCGUUGUACAAAGUACCAGUUAGUAGAAGUUUGAAAGGAAAACCAUUGACUGAUCCUGCCAUUAGGGUGUGCAUUAAUAUUUCAGGCAGCUUUGAUAUACAAGUGUAGCUAAACAAAAGACAAAGGAAAAAAAAAAUAGCGGGAGAUAAUUGGAAAUGACAUCCAGUUCUUAGAUUUAGAAUAGACCACGAGCCCAAGACGUCUUUCAUGGCAUGCAUAAAUGCAACCCACAUUUUCAAAUGACGUAUACACAUGCCUUAAAGCACCUCAUAGGAAAGAAACAGUUUAGUUCAAUGUUUACACUGCUUUGAUGUUAAAAAAAAAAAAA